UAUUACCUGACUCGCGGAGAAGGGUGUUGGCUACAGAGCUGGUGAAACUGGUGUGACGUGUGCUGGUAUCGGUUCACCAGGUUGAAGACCCCCUGGGGGAAUAGUAGAGAACAGAAAAAAAUAAAAGCGCAGAUUUCGACUGAAGUACGUUGUACGAGAGCAGAGUAACAAAGCUUAAUAAGAAAUCGAAUUUAAGAAUAAUGGAUAGAAACCAAGUAUGGGUGUUCUUCGUAUCGACUUACGUUUGUAGCUUCCUUUUGUUUGAGCCUGCUUUAUCACAAGAUAUUUCCACAGUAACGUGUAAAGAAAAUAUUGAGGUCAAUCUACCAUGUGGCUAUUCAGCUAAUUUUGGAAAUUCACCAAGGAUCGAAUGGAAAUUUAAAUCAAAUAAUAAUGAACAGCUGAUCUUCUAUAAUGGACAACCAACUGAUGCCUAUGUUGGUCGUAUUUCAUGGAUUCCUGGAUACUUGCGCUUUAAUAAAGUAACAAGAAAAGACACAGGAGUAUAUUCAUGUGAAGUUGUGGGUGAUUUACCAGGCCAAUAUAAGGAAGUUCAAGUCAAUCUUGUGGUUGAAGUACCUCCAUCAACACCUGUGUGCUCUAUACCCACCUCAGCAACCACAGGAAGUAGAGUUACACUGACCUGUUUUGAUAAGGAUGGUUCUCCCCCAUGUACAUAUAAGUGGUAUAGAAACAACGUUCUGGUUCCAGAUUCACCCAGUCAAAUUCCUGCCUUUCAAAACUCCUCUUACAUUCUGGACUCGAAGGCAGGCACCCUGACUUUUAACCCUGUAUCAAAAGCUGAUACUGCCGACUAUUAUUGCCAAGCAAGUAAUGGCAUUGGAAAUCCUACUCAAUGUGGAGCCGUGAGGAUGGAAGUUCGUGAUGUUAAUGUUGGUGGGAUUGUUGCGGCUGUAAUAAUAAUUUUAUUAACAAUUGCAUUAAUUGGACUGGCAGUUUGGUAUGCCCAGCGUAAAGGCUAUCUUCCAGAUUUGAAAGCGAAAAGUCAAAGCAAACCAAAGGGAGUUUACAGCCAGCCUCCUGAGGCAGAUGAUCCGGAUUUCAAACAGAAGUCAUCUUUUGUUGUGUGAUUUCCCCUACAAAACAGCAUGGAGAUAUUUAUGUACAUCUGUUGUAAGAAUGGACAUUUUUUUUAAAAACUUUUUUUAAAGAACUAUUUUUGAAGAAAUCUUCAUGAAAUUCAAUUUUUGAUUUGAUGGUUUGUUUUAUAUUUUGGUAAUUCAAUUUGGUUUUCUGUUUGUGUAUGUUUUGUCUUUCUUUCCAGAUAUGGAUUUCCCGCUCUUAGUCUAGUGAUGACUAAUUUUUAGGACAUGCUUGUAACCAGCUUUGUUUAGCUUAAUGGUAGAAACAUAUGGUUUUUAAGAUAUGAUUGUUAUUGGCUGGCAACAGUUUACUUGCUAGAUUUUAUUGGCACACACUUGUGCCAAAGUAAAGUGUUGGUGAAGAUAAGUGUAGUCAUGCCAUUUUUAUUUUUUAAAAUGGAAGAAUUUGGGAAAGUGCAAUUGUUUUUAUUUCUGUAAACUGGAAGAUUUAAUUGUAUGGAACAACUAAAAAUAAAACUUUUGUGAACUGUG